UAUUAAUCUGCUUCUGCAUCUCUUUUUCUCAUCCAACAGGUGGUACCAAGUAGUGAAACCGAAGUAAAAGUCCGCUGCUACCAUAACGAGAGUGAAAAGGAGGCAGAGUUAUCAUCAAUGGACGACGAAAGUAUACUGAAAUUCGUGACGGAGUACCUGAAGAAGAAAGGGUUUAAGCAAACGGAGAACGCUUUUCAAGAAGAACUUCAAAAUACCAAGACCACCACCACCAACAACAAUUCUGCGUCUCCAAUCUCUUCCACUUCCCAAUUCGAUUCCGAUAUUGCCAAGCACAUCCUCUCACUCGCCGAAUCAGAGAAUGCUCCAACACGGUAUCAGGAUGGGUAUAGCAAGUUGAGGUCAUGGACUUAUAGUUCUCUAGAUUCAUACAGGCAUGAAUUGCUUCGUGUGCUUUAUCCAGUUUUUAUACAUUGUUUUAUGGAUCUGGUUGCAAAUGGUCACGUUCAAGAAGCACGCACUUUCUUCAAUAGCUUUCGUGAAGACCAUGAAAUGAUGCACUUACGAGACCUUCAAAAGUUGGAAGGUGUUCUUUCUCCAUCACAUCUGGAGGAGAUGGAAUUUGCUCAUACUCUUAGGAAGAGCAAAAUCAGCAUAAAGAUGUGUCAGUAUUCCUAUGACCUUCUGCUGCAAUUUCUACAAAAACCACAGUCCACAACUAUACUUGGGAUUAUCAAUGAACAUAUCAACUUCCAGGUUUCUCCUGGACCGCCAAGCUCAAUAUGUGAUGAUGCUGAUGUUGUCACUGUGAUUGGAGGCAGCCAGGAUGCAGCCAAUCAAAUAAAUCAGAAGGAAGUACAUUGGGGGUUGCUUGAAGAUUCCUUGGAAGAACGCUUAGAAAAGGCUGGGAGUUUGCUUUCAGAUUCUGAAAAGGCAGAAGGAGAAACCAAAGAAUUGGAAUGGGAUGAGAAUAAGAAAAGAUCUGCGGAUGGAGGAAAACAAGGGGCUUCAAUUAAAAAGUUAAAAAAGGACAAGGCUGUUAAUGUAACAGGAAAAACUGCACGUCCUGAGGCUAACUCUAUACCUACGGCACCACGAGUGAAACCAGAGCUUGCUUUGCCAGUAAUCCCAGCUGAGGUUGAACAGUCUAUUCUUGAAGACUUAAGAAAUCGCGUACAGUUGAGUAGUGUUGCAUUGCCAUCUGUCAGCUUUUACACAUUUAUCAAUACACAUAACGGUUUAAACUGUUCAUCUAUAUCCCAUGACGGAUCUUUGGUUGCUGGUGGAUUUUCAGACUCAUCACUGAAGGUUUGGGAUAUGGCAAAGCUUGGGCAACAGGCUGUUGGUUCCACUUUGCAGGGUGAAAGUGAUGCAACUCCAAAUGAACAUACACUUGGGUCAAAUGGAGGAAAAAGACCUUACACGUUAUUUCAGGGUCAUUCAGGACCAGUUUAUUCUGCAACAUUUAGUCCUCUAGGGGAUUUUAUACUUUCCUCCUCUUCAGACUCAACAGUUCGGUUAUGGAGCUCAAAAUUAAAUGCCAACCUUGUUUGCUAUAAGGGUCAUAAUUAUCCUGUAUGGGAUGUUCAGUUUAGUCCUGUGGGACAUUACUUUGCCAGUGCAUCACAUGAUCGGACUGCAAGAAUUUGGUCUAUGGACAGAGUACAGCCUUUACGAAUAAUGGCAGGGCAUUUAUCUGAUGUUGAUUGUGUACAAUGGCAUGCCAACUGCAACUACAUUGCUACCGGUUCUAGUGACAAAACAGUUCGAUUGUGGGAUGUACAAACUGGGGAAUGUGUCCGUAUAUUCAUUGGUCACAGGAGUAUGAUUUUGUCUUUGGCAAUGUCACCUGAUGGUCGAUAUAUGGCUUCUGGUGAUGAAGAUGGUGCAAUCAUGAUGUGGGACCUGUCGAGUGGCCGAUGUGUUACGCCUUUGAUUGCUCACACCUCAUGUGUUUGGACACUUGCUUUCAGUUGUGAAGGCUCACUUCUUGCGUCUGGUUCUGCUGAUUGCACUGUAAAACUAUGGGAUGUAACUACAAGUACUAAGGUUUCUAGAACCGAAGAAAACAAAAGUGGAAAUACAAGUAGGCUGAGAUCAUUGAAAACUCUGCCAACAAAGUCUACCCCUGUCUACAGUCUGCGAUUUUCUAGAAGGAAUCUUCUAUUCGCAGCUGGGGCUCUCUCAAAAACUGUAUAAGAAGCUAUCUAUCCCUCAUGAUAUCUGCUUUGUAUUCGAGACUAUUUAUUCUGUUGGUGUACAAGACCUAAUCGCUUACCUAGUUCGUUUUGUGGAUUGGCAUAGCAUGUUUUCAUGAAUUGUUCAGUCUCAAGAAACUUCAAUGCCGUAACCUACCACCAAUUUUUGACGUUGAAGAGAGCAGAGCAUGUGAUAGAAGGUUGGACAUAACUGCCACAGGAACUAGGUGGAAAAUGGGAUGGGAAAUUGUUUCUUCGGGGGUAUUCGGUUAACCAUUAUUUUUGUCUGAAUCUGCUAAUUGGAAUUUUUAAUAUAGUAGUGUUAAGUCGCGAAUUUGACAUUUAACUGCUCUAAUAUUAUUUUGUUUGUAAUUUUAAUAUGUUUAA